CCCUGGGAAAGACAAGAUGGCGGGACGUUCAAAAACGUCGCUGACAGGUCAAAUCAACAACAGAAUAAAGUAAAUAACAUAUUGAAUUUAACCGUUAGCCCACAAAUCGUCGGCUGGAACGAGUAACCGACGUUUAACCGCCGGUAUGAACGGGGUUCGCCGGAAGUGUGACCCUCCUUUUGGACUGACGGGAUCCACACCGAAACCGAACCGGCUGAGCAGAACCUUCAGACAGACUCAGACUGCGGGGAAAGUGGAUCCUCCUCCGAGGAGCGAGCCGGCAGAAUUUAAGAGUCCGACCAGAAUCCCGAGAUCCAGAGCAGGCGGAGGUUUCAGCGGAGAGUCUCCACACAACGACUCGGACGUCCAGCAGGACAUCAUCUGGGAUGCCACGUCUCCUUCUCCAAACAGACUCGGUAAAAGAGGAAAGAAGCCGCCUGCUGGAGUGGUGAACAUCUCAGAGAUCGUCAGCAGGAUCGCUCCAAAGCAUGGCAGGCCGAGGGUCGCAGAGCCGACGUUACAACAGUGGAUCGGAGACAGCGCAGCCAUUCCCUGCACGCCGGACGUUCAAGCUCCCAAACCGAAGAAGAAGUCCCCGAGGCCGAACGGCGUGGACGACUUGCUGAAGCUCGCCAAACAGUUUGAUUUCAACAUGUUUCGUCGGGACGAAGAGGAAGAGGUGGACGACCCGCACCAGCAGAGUCUGGAGCUGCUGUCGGAGGACAUGUUGGAUUUUGAGAACGGCGAUCAGAACGACUUCUCACCUUCACUUUUUGGAAACCAUCAACGAGCUGAGGACACGGCUGCGGCUGGGAGAGACAUUCAGGCACACCUGGAUCUACAAAUGGAGGACGAUUUGGACCUCCUGUUCGAUGGGCCGACCCAGCAUGUGAGCGGAAACUUAAGUCAGGUGUCACAAGUGAAACAUCCUCCUAGCACGUGUGCGGCUUCUGGGAAAACGUCUGCAUCGUCUCGCACUUCUGGUGUUUCCACGACCAACACUAGAGCUGCUCCUGCAAACGACGAGUUCGAGGACGACUGGGAAAACGACGACUUGCUUAAUGACUCUUUGGUUUUGGAGAUGACACAAAAUCCGCAGAGCUUUUCCGCUCCGACGCACUGCUCAACCCAGAAACCCGCGCGUGAAAUAAAGAGUCCGGGAAGUUUUCGAUGGUCAGACAGUCUGAGACAAAGAUCGACCUUCAAGCUGGAGUCCAAUCCUCAUUUUUCUAUCAAAACAAGCCAGACAGACACCUGGACUAACUCAAGGGUGGAAAACGGCUCAAAAAGGUCAGAGAAAGACCCUCAGAAGAACAAUUGUCACGUUUUAGCAGGAGCGGGUUCUCAACAGAGCGUGCAAAAGUCAAACACGGUGAAAUCAGAUACACAGAAACAACAAUCGAAACAAAGGACAAACGCGGCACCUCCUGCUCGCAGCUUUCCACUCACACCUGCAGCAGUUCCAUCCCACAACGAGGCGGCCGCCAUCUCUGACCUCCUGGAUGACAACCUGAACUCUUUCUUCUCGUCUGAUCCAGUGUGGGACGACCCGGCCGAUGACGACCUUCUGUGUGAGAUGUGUGAAAACGUGGAGAACCAGAUCCAGAGCGCCCAGAACGUCCCCAUCAAACAGACAGUUUCCAUGUCGACCCAGAGAGCCGCUCUGCAGCUGUCUGUCAACAACUGGGACAACCGAACCAAACAGCCAACGGCCAAUCAGAAACCUUUCCCUCCUCAAACUCUCCCCCGUGCAGCUGGGACUUCUCACGCAGGUGGUUUGGUUUCAAGCGCAGCUGAAGGUGCACAAAUGAAAAGAGAGACUUUAAGGUGCGCACAGUUAAAAACCUCUUCAGGGGGUGUGGACAGUUCAGCGAGUCUGCAGGUGAGCAGCGGGGUCCAGACUGCGCCGCAGGGAAACAUCCGGAAAGAGCACUUCACCUUUAAGAAGCCAAACAACCCGGUUUCCACGGUGACCAACAAAGAUUUGGGGAAAUGUUCUGCGGCAGAGAUCGAGCUGAAGAAGCAGCAGGCGAUGGAGAGGCGUCGACAGAGGCUGCAGGCCACCCAAAACCUUCCCCGAGCUCCAACCUGAAAAACUAAAGAAACGACUUUGUGGAAUCAACUAACCUGCAUACGUGAAGUCUGGACUCAUCUGCAUGAAGGUGAAACCUCGCUGACUCUCCCGUCAGUUGUUUUGUUCACUCCUGAUGACUUAAGUCUCUCGAUCAGAUCCUUCUACAUUUUAUAUUUGUUCUUUACGUUAUGUGACCUUGUGCCGUUUGUGUUCUUCUUUUAUCUGUUCUGAUAUCACGCCAUGUUGUUGUUCUGACUUAAAGGGACGCUCAUCUUUAUUUGGGAGGGGGAAAAUGUGAGAUUAAAGUGUGUCCUGUUUGGUGAGUACAGCGGUCAUUCAGUUUUAAAGGUGUUAGGCUAGCUGUUUCCCUUUGUUUUCAGGCUUUAUGCUAAGCUAGGCUAAUAACGCUAAGACCACAGACUGUUUUUAAGAAGUGGAAGUGUCUGAAAAGUGAAGGUUAAACACCGUUUUCCUGAAGAUCUUUACGUAUUUUUGUCGUUAUCUCAAGACAACGCUGUUUUCAACCCGUUAUAACGAAGUUAUUUCUCGAUAUAGCGAGAAAAGCAGAGUUGUUGUCCCAAGUGAAUAGGAAACAUAAGUUAGGAACUCAAGAAAACAUCUGAAAAUAUACUCGCCGUUAUCUCCAGAACACAGAGUAAUGUGGCUUAAAAUUGCAGGUUUUUUUACUGGCCAGCAGGGGGCGACUCUACUGGAUGUAAAAAGAAGUCUGAUGACAUAAGACCUUCAAGUCUUUGAAGAAAUUUUUCUGCUUCUCAGUUUCCAGUAAAUUAUAUCCUAACGAGUUUAUGGUCUCAAUCUCUGUUAGGCUAGCUGUUUCCCUUGUUUCCAGUCUUUAUGCUAAGCUAGGCUAAUAACGUUAAGACCACAGACUGUUUUAUGGGAAGUGGAAGUGUCUGACAAGUGAAGCCGAUGCAGAAUUACAUACUUAUUUGACUAUUUUCCUUGAGAUCUUGACGUAUUUAUGUCUUUGUCUCAAGAUAACAGCGCUGUUUGUUCUCUUAAUGACGAGGUCAUUUCUUGAUAUUGUGAAAAAACUUUAAUUGACUCGUUAUUGCGAGUAAAGCAGAGUUGUUAUCCUGAGUGAAUAGGAUAGAUAAGUGAGGAACUCAAGAAAACAACUGGAAUCGUACACGUUAUCUCAGGAAAAACAGAUUAAAAUAAAAUGGAAGAGCCUUGAAAUAGCUUUUUAAAUGUCCAGCAGGGGGCGACUCCACAGGUUCUAAAAAUAUGUAUUUGAAUGCUCCUACUCCUCAGUUAAAUGUAUUCCCUCAGUAAACGAUAUCCUAACCAGUUUAUGGUCUCGAUCUUGCGCAGCGUCGUCACAAUUUCUGAAUUUUUAACUUAAAAAAAAGCUAAACUGUAACCACGGCAACAAAAACAGAAGUCCUCGGUAUCAGAUUCGGUUUAGUUCUUGUUUUUUUUCACAGAAACAGACUCAAACGAUGCCGAUGUAAUCUGGCGGCAUGUUUGGGUUAGAGAUCAGAACUUGGGUGUUUAAAUACCGUCAAUUAGUAAAAUAAAGGCGGUUGUAUCGUUGUAAAGUAAGUGUCAGUUCAAGACGCAGAAUCUUCCCUUCUUUAUGCUAAGCUAGGCUAACUAGCUUCAUCUACCGAUCAGAUAUGUGGCAUUUAAAGAAGUGGAUUUACUCUCAGAUUGAAGAACUGGUCGCAGCCUAAUUAUUCCUAAAGGCCAGUAGGGGGCGACUCAUCUCGUUUCCAGAGGUCUCUGAUAAUACGGUAACACUUAAAUACUAAUCUGCCUGACCUCGCGUUUAUUUGGGGCCGUUAAUUAUUUUAAAAACCAAACUCAGAAACAGUUAAGAUGGAAAAAGGACUAAUAAAUGAUAGUGGUUAUUACCCUCUGUGUACAGCGGCUAUAGUCCUCGUUGCAGCCGUCGUGGGUUUGAAUCCGGCCCUGUGCUGCACGUCGUCCCACACUCUGUCUUUCUCUCUUCAGCUGUCUCUUCCCAUGAAGGCAAAAACCACUAAAAAAAUAUAACUUAUUUAAAAUGUGCAGCUACACCAGGGCGGUUAAAGGGGUGGGCCUUAACUUGUGAUUGGCUUUUAUUUGAAGUUUUACGGUAAUCAGUUUUAAAGUAGAACAGCAUGAGAGCGACAAAGAUUCAGUCGUUUCCUAUUGGAGUGUCCUAACGGCCAGUGAGCACCGCAGCGCCCUGUGUCUAUUGCCUUCUCACUCAGCAACUCGUUAAGCUUGUGACACGUCUGUUAGUCCACCUUCAAAAUAAAAGCACCACACUUCUACAAGUACACCUUCAAAAUAAAAGCACCACACUUCAGAAACUGAAAUUCACAGAGCUAAGAAUAAUAAUCAAUAUUUAUGCAGUGUGGACAACGAGCGUGUGAUCUGGUGUCAGAGUAAACGGUUUAUAAAAUGUUUUUGAAAGUUUUGAUAUCAGUGUCAUAAAUAAAAAAGGUUCAACAUGUAAGGCUUAGCUUAGCUUGAUAGCUGCUUGAGAGCAGAAUUCUUUAUGCUAAGCUAGGCUAACCGUAAUCCUGGAGAGCUUUUCUGUUCCUUUAAGAUAUUUAAACUCUUAUUCAUUUUGACGUAUUUUCUUUCUGAUCAUGAGGACGAGGAGUCACCUGUCUCACCCGACUCUCUGCUGUUCAUCGUUUCCUUUAAUGCACUUUAACAGAUUGGAGCCUGUUUUACCAAUAAAGUUUUACUGUUGAUAUCGUCA